AUGGAAUCCCAUCUCCUAUUUCGUGUAUGCACACAGAACGACGCCAUUCAAGCCCAGCAGCAGACAGGAUUUGAAAAACUUGACAAGUCUGUCCAACAUUUCAUCAUACAAUGCGGAAGAGGCCACAAAAAUCUGUGCGACCUUGUGGAAUCGAAGGCACAGUCAACAAAGGAUCACAUCGAAGAAGUGGCACGUCAUAUCGAACAGCACGUUACCAAAGAGGUAUCGACAGUGGAGGAGUCACUCGCGAAACUGACAAUCAAAAGUAUUGAUCAAGCUACCCAACACAUCUCAGAGAAUGUUAGAGCCGGUCCGGACAGUGAUGGUCCGCGAGGAAGAUUCCUUCACAGCCUAAAGUUCCCAAGCAUGAACGAGCGGUACAACCACAUUACCGAUUCCCACCAGGAUACCUUCCUCUGGAUUUUCCGCGACACCGAAUCGGAUUUGCACUCAUCGACUAAGGGAGGUACGCGGCAGCAACAUAAUACCAUGGACAAGCCUUGGGAUGACUUCCAGGAGUGGCUGAGGUCAGAGAGCAGUCUUUAUUGGAUCAGCGGGAAGCCGGGUUCCGGGAAGAGCACCCUAGUCAAGUUUCUUAUUACGGCCGAUCAGACGAAGACGUCACUGGCCAUGUGGAGGGAAGGGCCAGUCAUUCUUUCUCACUUCUUCUGGAAGCCAGGGAUCACAAUGCAGCGCAAUAUGAAAGGCCUUCUGUGCACACUACUUUACCAGGCCGUUUCCCGCGAGUCGGUAGUCUUAGAGAAGACCCUUGGCGCCCUGAGUUCGUCCACUGACAAGGAUUCGGACACUGACUGGUCGGUUGCAGAGCUGAAAUCACUUUUUCUGGCCACUCUAUCCGACUACCCGUCGCCAGUCUGUAUCUUCUUGGAUGGGCUUGACGAAAUAUGCCUGGAUGAUGUGCCGGCGCUGCUGAAGCUGGUCAACGAUUUGAAGAGCAUCUCGCGAGUCAAGAUUUGCGUAGCCAGCCGGGCAGAAAACCCUUUCCAGAAUCACUUUAGAAACGUGCAGAAAAUGCGACUCCAGGAUCUCACGCGCGGAGAUAUGUGGAAAUAUGCCGAUACAAUCCUGAACCAGCGGGAAGAGAUCGACGUUAGUGAUGACAUCCAUGACGAUCUUCUUCCAUCCCAGCGACAAUUCCCAUCCAGGAUAAUAGAUGACCUUGUCUGGAAGGCUGAGGGGGUAUUUUUAUGGUUGCAGCUCGUGACGAGAAGCGUUGCUCGCGGGUGGGCCAACGGCGACACUGAAGAGGAGAUUGAGUCUCGUAUUAGUGUUCUUCCUGGAGAGUUAUCUGGGUUGUACUCUGAUAUGUGGAAGCGGCUAAACGAAGACAGCCUCGUAUACCGCAGGACUGCAGCUGAAUAUUUCAAUCUAGUCCUCGCUGCUGCAACAUUUGACGGGGCGGGGCCGGUGGCAACGACAUCUCACACACGAUACCGAGGUGGCAAAUUGGAUCUAUUCCAGUUCAUGGCGAUGAUGACGGAGUCAUUUGGCCCAGGUGUUCUGGGCGAUAUUCGAAACCCUGUCGACGAAAGCUACAUCGAUGGUAUAUGUCAGGAAGCCGCGGAUUCGAUACGGAAGCGGUGUGCUGGGCUUCUAGAAGUGCGUGCAACUAUUCCACGGAGCGAAUGUUCCAACAUUGUACGGUACCACAUAUACUCCAAAGUAUCCUUCAUUCACCGGACUGCUUACGACUUCCUUAUGGACUCUGAGGAGGGCCGAAAGAUACUCUCGUUCGAUCCAUCGCCAUCGGAAGCCCGUUAUCUCCGGUUAGCCAACGGAGAACUCGUCAGUUCCAGAUUUUUACCCCACAGUCUGAGAGGCUUCUUAACGACUUUGAGAUACGCCUUGUUGCCGUCUCUCGAAGAUCAAAUUCGCGAGGCGUUACACAAUGCUUGGGACCUAUACGAGGCCGGCUACCUCUUUGAUCAUUUCGGUAGACUACCCUUCCUACUGGUGGUAGCGAUCCAGGGGUUCGAAGAUUUCGCCAUAUCAAUGAUACGACAAGACCCUUCCUCCAGCCAUCUUGCGGACCAAGUGUUAAGGGCAUUGUUUAAAGCUGCCAUCGGUUGCCAGCCCUCGUCGAAAAUCUAUAGAGAAGCCAUCCAGAAUGGUAAUAUCGUACGCUCCCUUCUCUCACUCGGUGCUAAUCCUGUCUCCCGUUUGGUGGGGUUCGAACUCGAUUACCAGCCGGCUGGCGAGGUGCACCUUCGCACGACGACCUUCGCCUUGGCUUCCAUUCUCAUCGCUCAGGAACUGCAUUUCGGUCUUCCCCCACUGGAGCCAUAUGUCUCUCUCCUCGAUGGAUUUCGAGGAUAUCUCCCCGAUGUAAAUGAGAGGGUGCCUGUCACACUCUGGGUGGGGGAGACCGGAGGCUGGCUCGAUUUUGAUACACUCCCGCUGGAACGCGAAAUGAAAUCUCUUCCGGAGGAGGAAAAAGACUUACGGCAAGAUGAGAGGCUCUUCUUUGUGCUGGACAUGAGUUUGGCUUAUCUUUUGGAGCGUAUCAAUGCCAUCUUACCGAGCAGGGGAUUGACGGCAAAUGUCACAGAUCUAGAGAGCCAAAGGCCGGAUGAUGACCCCCCGUUCCGAAUCCUCCCGCUUGUUGCGUUACAGGCUGUGCGUGGGCUUCGUGCCCGCGCCCAUCCAUUCCGCAUGGUCUCCAAGAGUGCCAAGGAUAAGUUGGACUUUCUCUCUUGCCUGGUAGGUCGCUGGCUCGGAUCUAAUCCCUGCCCCAAACCACAUAUGCACCAGGAACUAUGGAUCUUGGGCAAAGAGAUUCGGCAGCACGUCGUGGAGAGCCCGGGCGCUUACGAAGAGAUAAUGGUACCAAUCAAAUUCAUAUUGGCAGAGGAGGGGUGCGGCUAUGAAGGAGAUAAAAGCGAGACGGGCUCCGCCGAGUGUCGAUCCUCUUCAGAUACUUCCGAACCUGCUAGCGAAUCUACUAGCGAAUCUACUAGUGUUCAGACUCAAGAGUCUCCUCGAGUUCAAAUUGGCAAUGCCAUCGUAGGCGACGUCAACGAUGACGACGGCGAUACAAGCUCUGGCGAUGGAAUCCUUACGAGAUUCAACUGCAUCUGCAAAUUACCAUUGACACGGUCGGAUAUCGGCGCCACAGUCUAUUGUUACUCCUGCAACCAAUGGCAACACUUGCGAUGCUACUACCCGCCGGGCUUUUCACCAGAGGGCUAUGCACACUACUGUUUGGAUUGUAAUCUUUCUAUAUGGGAACAAGCUGACGUAGGUUUUGAUCUAUAUCUCCUUGACUAUGAGCGCCAAGUUAAUCUGCUGAUUCUAGGAACACUGGGCCAGGCAACUCUUCUCGUCGCCUCUAUCACCGAUAGCGCCGCUAGCGGACUCACCGCAGCCUCCCCGGGUUGGGUUUAUAGCGAGUCGCACAAGCGUCGUGAGGGCAACGGCGGUCUUGAAGUGCAGUUCGUGCACGAAGAAGGUGGGCACCCCAUCGCCGCCCCCAAAAACCCGUUCUGUACCGCGAAACUUCGUUGCUGA